AUGUACGAUAGCUUCGCCGGGAAAGUUUGUAUAUUCCAAAUAAGCUUUUNUAAAGGAGAUAGUCGCUUAUCGUUGACUGAACGUUAUGGUACUCGAAGUAACUAUGAAAAGGCUGUGGCUGCAGCAGCCAAUGAACUUGCUAAGCAACGCUUACUACUUCCUGCCGAUGUUCAAGCGUAUAUUACUGCCUCACAACAAACUAUUCAAGUUAUCAACAGUCCAACAUAUGGAAAUUAUACGUGGUAA